AUGACCGCGACCGCAGCCCUCCUGCCCGUCCUCUUGCUCCUGCUGGCUUUCGGCCGCAGUGCCCAUGGAGCUGAAUGCUUCCCGGCCUGCCACCCUGAAAAUGGAUUCUGCGACGAUGACAGUGUGUGCAGGUGCCAGCCUGGCUGGCAGGGCCCCCUGUGUGACCAGUGUGUGACCUUUCCCGGCUGUGUGAACGGCCUCUGCGUGGAACCCUGGCAGUGCAUCUGCAAGGACGGCUGGGACGGGCACCUCUGCGACCUAGACAUCCGGGCUUGUACCUCGACCCCCUGCGCCAACAACGGCACCUGCCUGGACCUCGAUGACGGCCAGUACGAGUGCUCCUGUGUCCCCGGGUUCUCGGGAAAGGAUUGCCAGGAAAUGGACGGGCCCUGCGUGGUGAAUGGCUCGCCCUGCCAGCACGGAGGCAGCUGCGUGGACGAUGAGGGCCGGGCCCCCCACGCCGUCUGCCUGUGCCCCCCUGGCUUCUCGGGCAACUUCUGCGAGAUCAUGACCAACAGCUGCAACCCCAACCCGUGCGAGAACCAGGGCAUCUGCACCGACAUCGGGGGUGACUUCCGCUGCCGCUGCCCCGCCGGCUUCAUGGAUAAGACCUGCAGCCGCCCGGUGAGCACCUGCACCAGCGAGCCGUGCCUCAACGGCGGCACCUGCCUGCAGCACUCCCAGGUGAGCUUCAAGUGUCUGUGCAAGCCCGCGUUCACCGGCCCCCGCUGUGGCCGGAAGCGCACGGCGGGCCCCCAGCAGGCCCCCCAUCUGCCCAGCGGUUACGGGCUGACCUACCGCCUGACCCCCGGGGUGCACGAGCUGCCGGUGCCGCAGCCCGAGCACCGCGUCCUGAAGGUGUCCAUGAAGGAGCUCAACAAGAGCACUCCGCUCCUCUCCGAGGGACAGGCCAUCUGCUUCACCAUCCUGGGCGUGCUCACCAGCCUGGUGGUCCUGGGCACCGUGGGCAUCGUCUUCCUCAACAAGUGCGAGGCCUGGGUGUCCAACCUGCGCUACAACCACGUGCUGCGCAAGAAGAAGAACCUGCUGUUGCACUACAACAGCGGGGAGGAGCUGGCCGUCAACAUCGUCUUCCCGGAGAAGAUCGACAUGACCACCUUCACCAAGGAGGCUGGCGAGGAGGAGAUCUGAGCAGCGUCCCCACCGGCCCCCCUCUUCUCGGGGUCCCCGCAGAGCCCCCU